ACAUUGACAGUUACUUGACUGUAUCUGUCGCUGUGUUGUCGCUACUCAGCUAGCUCGUUAGCUAGCUUAUCAACUUCAACCAGAAACACUUGCAGAGGACAGCAGGACAGACUUCUUCUCAAGUUGGGAAUCCAAAAGGCAACAUGCUGGUCCCCAUAUUUACUUUGAAGUUGAACCACAAGAUCAAUCCUCGCAUGGUGACAAUUGGGAAGUUUGACGGACUCCACCCAUGUCUUACUGCAGCCACACAGGCUGGAAAGGUAUUUAUCCACAAUCCUCAUGCCCGUGGUCAGAGACCUGUGGCUCACCGGCUGAGCCAGAGCACCCAGGACUCUGACAUCUCGCUUCUCAACAUCAACCAGGCGGUCAGUUGUUUGACUGCGGGAAAGCUCGGUCCAAACACUGCAGGGGACACACUGCUAGUGGGAUCCCAAACGAAUCUCCUGGCCUACGAUGUUCAUGACAAUGCUGAUGUAUUCUACAGAGAGGUAACCGAUGGGGCCAACGCCAUCGUGUUGGGCAAACUUGGAGACAUUGCUUCUCCUCUUGCCAUCAUUGGAGGAAACUGUGCCUUGCAAGGUUUUGACUAUGAAGGCAAUGACCAAUUCUGGACAGUAACUGGAGAUAAUGUCCGAUCUCUUGUGCUCUGUGACUUCACUGGGGACGGCAAAAAUGAGCUCCUGGUGGGAUCUGAGGACUUUGAUAUCAGAGUUUUCAAAGAGGAUGAGCUUGUCUCUGAGAUGACUGAAAAUGAGACUGUAACAUCACUGUGCCACAUGCAUGGCAGCAGGUUCGGCUACGCCCUUGCUAAUGGGACUGUUGGAGUCUAUGACCGCACUGCCCGCUACUGGAGGAUCAAGUCUAAGAAUCAUGCAAUGAGCAUCCACGCCUUUGAUCUGAAUGCCGAUGGGGUUGUGGAGCUUAUCACUGGAUGGUCAAACGGGAAGAUUGAUGCACGCAGCGACCGCACAGGAGAGGUCAUUUUCAAGGACAACCUCUCCUCUUCAGUGGCAGGAGUGGUGGAGGGGGACUACAGGUUGGACGGACAGAAGCAACUCAUCUGCACGUCCAUAGAAGGAGAGGUCCGUGGUUACCUGCCAGCCAGUAAGGACCUGAAAGGGAACCUCAUGGACACCAGUGCUGAACAAGAUCUCAUCCGAGAGCUCAGCCAUCGCAGGCAGAAUCUGCUGCUUGAGCUACGGAACUAUGAUGAGAACGCUAAGGGGGUGUCAGAAACGAACAGUGGGGUGGGGGUAAUACCAGCCAACACUCAACUCCAGACAGCACUGUCAGUGAAACCCGCAACGGAAGCCCAGAGGGCUCAUGUAGAACUCAGCAUUUCAACACCAAAUGAGACGAUAAUUCGGGCAGUGCUCAUCUUUGCAGAGGGAAUAUUUGAGGGUGAGAGUCAUGUUGUCCACCCCAGUGUCCAAAACCUGUUCGGUUGUGUCAGAGUUCCCAUCGUACCGCCAAAAGACAUACCAGUGGACCUGCACAUUAAAGCCUUUGUUGGAGGGAAAACUAGCACACAGUUCCACGUGUUUGAAAUCACUCGUCACCUGCCUCGGUUCUCCAUGUAUGACAUCAGUUUUGACUCCUCUGAAGUUCCGCCCAACGGAAGGGUCACCUUCAGCAUCAGUGACCGACCACAGCGGGUGGUGAUGUGGCUGAAUCAGAACUUCCUGCUUCCAAAGGGAGUGGACAGUCCUGAUGUGACCUUUAAUUCGUUAAGAGGAGGGGGACACUUGUCCAUCAGCAUGGCCAGCAAUGGACAGAUCACUCUGAGAACAGAUGACAUUGACCUGGCAGGAGAUCUGGUCCAAUCACUGGCCUCCUUCCUGGCAAUAGAGGACCUGUCGUCAGAAGCAGACUUCCCCGAAUACUUUGAAGAGCUGCGCACUACACUCACUGAGGUGGAUGAUUUCCACUCCGUCCAUCAGAAGUUAACUGCAGCUAUGGCCGACCACUCCAACUACAUCAGGAACAUGCUGGUGCAAGCAGAGGACGCUCGCCUCAUGUGUCACAUGACAGUUAUGAAGAAGCGUUACAGAGAGUUGUACGAUCUAAACCGGGAUCUCGUCAAUGAGUAUAAAAUACGCUCUAACAACCACAAUGCCCUGCUGGCCUGUCUCAAGUCUGUCAACCUGGCUAUACAGCGGGCAGGUAGACUCAGAGUGGGAAAGCCUAAGAACCAAGUGAUAUCCGCCUGCCGAGACGCCAUCAAAAGCAAUAACGUCAACUCGCUCUUCAGAAUCAUGAGAGCUGGCACUGCAUCCUCCUGAGGAUGGAAAGAGCAUUUAGAGAGGGUGAUAUUAAUAAGCACAAGUGAUGAACUUCAGCAUAGCACCAACACAGAAAAGCCUUGGACAAGAAAUAUGUUUGGACUGGAAAGGGGACAUUGUUGUUGCCUUAAUCCAUCUUUCUUUUGUUUUUUCAUGACUACACUUUUAAGCAACAGCCUUGCACCAACAUUGGCACCAGCUCCUUUACACUUGAAAUUCUGCUUGCUCAUAAAACUAGGAAUGCUGACCACGGAUUUAGUUUAACGGUUAAAACAUCCAUCCAUCUCAGUCGGGCAGAUGGUUUUUGUGGAGUUCAGCUUAGUGAGUAAAUAAGGCACUUUAACGUAGGAGUCAGCAGGUAGGAAUGACUCAACUGUUUAGAGCGUUCUGCCAUUCUCAUACAGGAAAGGAAAGUUACGUUGACGUUUGCACAACUGUGCAGAAAAUGUUUAGGACAAGUCAUCCUGACUGUGUUUCCUCAAAGGAAUUGAUCUGAACAUACAUAGACUCAGCUCGCACACAGUGAUGUUUAGAGAAAGCACAGCUGGAGCGAGACAGAGCCGUUUCCUCCCAGAUGUGGUGUUGUGCCCUUCGUCGUCCCUCUGUGAGCUCUGAGAGACGGCUCGUUCUCCGCCUCCAGCUGUUGUGUGUUCGUGUGGUGUUUGUAGCCAAAGAAAACCUUUUUAAACGAGUGAAUGAAUGAAUGUCACAGAGGACCAAUGCUGUGUGUCUAACCUGUUAUCAAAACAGGGCGUGUAAAUGUAAUGUGUUUGUGACAGAAACUAUUAAAGGAUGUGUUUUCAAAAGUUGUGU